UUUUAUUUGUAUUAAACUCGUAUAUGUAUGACAGUGUAUCUGCAGUUUUGUGUACAAAUAAAAUACUAAAAUAUAUAUUUGAAUUACUGUACAAACUGUAUCACAAUUAAGUGACAAAAGUUAUGCCUCAAAGUAAUGUCUUGAAUACGGGUCCCAAACGUCAGCUGACGAAAGAAAGGGCUAAACAAUGUCUCAUUUGUGGAGAUAAAGCUUAUGUGUUCAAUUUUGGUGUAAUAACGUGUCAAUCGUGUAAAGCGUUCUUCAGAAGAAAUGCACUUAAAAAUAAGAACUUCAUUUGUGCCUUUGAUAACAACUGUAACAUUGAUGUCAUUACCAGAAGAUUUUGUCAGAAGUGUCGGUUAGACAAGUGUUUCAAUGUCGGCAUGAAAAAGGAUUGGAUUCUUAAUGAAGAUGAGUUAACAAAAAUGCGGACAAAAAUAUUAGAAAAUAAGAUUAAAAAACGAAACAAAGAUUUAUACAAACGUUUAAUGGUUUCAAAAACAGAAGAUAUAACCGAUGAUGAAGACGAAGGAUGUCAUACGAGUAGCGAUUGUUCAGCCAUUAGUGAAUCAACAAGUGAUUCAUACGAUUCAGGCAAAUGUAAGUCCAUAUCAAGUGGCGAUAGCAGUGCAGGUGAUGUGACAACAGAUAUGGUUACUGUAAAGUCUGAUGAAAAUGUGGUUAUGAGUAAUGUUUUGGACAAAACAUAUGACAUCACAUGUCUUGAUAUCUAUAAGAAGAAUAGUCACCAGAAAUCGCGAGAAUUUCAUGAAUCAGUCAUUGCAAUCACAAAACAUGUGCAGACAUUGCAUUUAAACCUCAAUGAGAAUGAAUGCAAUAAAUUGCUUCAAUUGUUUUAUGCCAUUAACUAUAUCCGUGAACCCAAUCUGUCUGAACUUCAACCAGUGAUUACCAAUUCGCUUAAUUUUAAGGCUGCGAUGGCCGUCAAGUUGGACAAAGAAAUCCGUAAUUUUAUAACAGUUGCUCAAAAAGUACCUGAGUUUGACUCCCUGUGCGAGAAUGACCGCAUAGCUCUUGUAAAGUAUGGGUCGGUUGAGGUAUUAUGUAUGAGAAUGAUUCAGUUCUACAACAAUGAGGACCAAUGUUGGACUAUUAUGAUUGAUAAAAACAAUUGGAUUUUAUCAAAGAUCGAUCAGUUCAAGAAUGCCGGAGUGAAGGCUGUCUUUCGCAGCUGUUUCUCGAAGAUUGCCGAUGAAUGGGACUCCGACUCCAUUAUUCUUGACUUACUAACAGUUAUAGUAUUGUUUGAUCCAAAUCGACCCAAUAUUAUUCACAGAGAAGUCAUUAAACUACAUCAAAACAUAUACAUGUAUUUACUUCAACGUUAUCUAUUAAUGAAAUAUCGGUCGGAAUAUAAAUCAAAAAUAAAAUUUUUAAACUUAAUGAAUACUUUAAGCGAAAUUAAUAUAUUGGGAGAAAUAUUUAUGAAAAGAUGUUUUGUGAGAAAAGCCAAUUUGGGUCCAUUUCUUAAAGAAAUUCUUGAUAUACACACUUAA